AUGAAGGUCAUAGCCAUCAUACUUGCUGCUUCGGCGGCAGUCAACGCCCACUACGUUUUCCCGACUCUGCUGGUCAACGGCCAAACCGGCUCGAGCCAAUGGACUCAGGUCCGCAAGACCGUGAGCUGGCAGGACAAUGGUUUCGUCGCCAGCGUCACCUCGCCCCAGAUCCGAUGCAACCAGCUCAACCUGAACGAGGGAGCGGGCGCGACCGCAACCGUUGCCGCCGGUUCAAAGGUCGGCUUCAACGUCGCCCCUAGCAUCUACCACCCGGGACCGCUCGCCUUCUACCUCGCCAAGGUGCCUGCCGGUCAGACGGCGGCAACCUGGGACGGUUCCGGCCAGGAGUGGUUCAAGAUCUACCACGAGCAGCCAAACUUUGGCUCGCAGCUGACGUGGCCUAGCAUGAACCUGAACAAGGCUGAGGUCACGCUGCCGUCGUGCAUCCCCAGCGGAGACUACCUCCUCAGGGUCGAACACAUUGGUCUGCACUCUGGACCAGGGCAGGCUCAGUUCUACAUUGCAUGCGCGCAGAUCACCGUUACCGGCGGCGGCAACACCACCCCGACCAACAAGGUCGCCUUCCCCGGCGCCUACUCGCCCAACGACCCCGGACUGAUGGUCAACAUCAACUGGCCCAUCCCCACGUCCUACCAGAACCCUGGUCCUCCGGUCUUCAAGUGCUAG